UGUCGCUCAGACGGCCGUCGGGGUCACUUCAGUCCGCUCUACCCGCCGCUGCUCCCGCGUCACCUUCUCGGUAUCUGAAAGUGAAGUGAGAGUCAUGGCGGGACGUCUGCUGCUCCGAGGCUGGACGACGACACUGCGGCUGAGGGGCAACGUGGCGGCGGCUCGGCCGCUGCACUGCGCCGCUGCUCUGGCCUCAGGCAGAGGAAUACCAACAGAUGACGAGCAGGCCACUGGGCGGGAACGACGCAUCAUGGUGGCCCUCAGGGAGGGAAAGGAUCCCUACAGUAUACUGCCGCCCAAACACUAUCCAGGCACCAAGGAAGACCCUCAGAUUGUGCCGUGCACUAUAGACAAGAGGCUGGUGGGCUGUAUUUGUGAGGAAGACAACACCGCUAUUGUGUGGUUCUGGGUUCACCAUGGAGAGGCCCAGCGCUGCCCUUCCUGUGGGACCCACUAUAAGCUGGAGAAGCACGAGUUGCCUCACUGAAUCCACAUUUUAAGUUCCGCACAAGUGGGACAACAGACAUCCACAAAUCUGCCUUCUUCCUGCCUAUAUACUGCAAAGUGUACAUAUGAUUUGACAUGUACAGCUUAUCAUUAAAAUUUAAUCCUGAACUGAAA